AUGGAAGAAUAUAAUAGAAAUGAAACACCUCCAUUAUAUUCCUCUGGUUCAGGACAGCACCAAAAACGUCGUAAAAGAGGUACUUCAGAAUCUUCCUCACAGAAAGAAGAAAAAACUAGUGGCGAAGAAAUAGAUUAUUCAAUACCAAGUUUUAAUUUAAUAAUACCGGAUGGAACCUUUUUUCCUCCAUUAGAAAAGGUAUUAUUGAAUCAAUCAGGUUCACCAUUAUCGCAAUAUAAUUUUUAUGCAUAUUUGAAAAAUGAAUGGCAUGGAGAACAAAAUUUAAAUUUUUGGUUAGAUGUCGUUACCCAUGAAAAUUUAUUUGGAUCUUGGCGAGAAUAUCAAAAUUACGUAAAAAAUAUGAGAGAAAGAGUAAGCUAUGAGACUGAACGACAAAGUGAAAGUGAUAGAAGUAAUGGAAGAGGGGCAGGAAGAAAAUACAUUGAAGAAAUUGCUGAUUGGGAACCUUCUCAUGAUCAUCAUGAUAGUAAUUCAAGUGCAGAAGAUACUGUAGCACCUUCAAUUGCGAAUUCUUUGGUUGAUUCAACAAAUCCCAUAAUUCAAUCAUCUUCAUCAAAUUAUCGACAUUCUUAUUCAAAUAGACAUACAAAAACAUCAUCAAUAAUAUUUGGUGGUGGUAUUGGCAAUAAUGAUCAUCAUGAAAUCUCUGUAAGUUCUGAAGAACGCUCAUCAUCAGAUUACACACAACCUGAAAUUAUAAAAAGGAUUGGUGAGGAAGAUCUAGCAAAGUCUUCUCUGAGCAUUUAUAAAAAAUAUGGUCACAUGAAUAUAUUGCCAGAAGAAAAUCGUACAACUAUGCAAGAUUUAAUUGAACGGCAAGGAAGAUUUAAUCCUGUUGUAUUUUCAUCAGCAAAAUCUUAUGUUUAUCAUAUCAUGAAUGUAAUAUAUUUUCCGAAAUUUAUACAAUCUGCUAUUGACAUGAAUAUAACUCAUAUAAAUGCUAUAGCCUCUUUACCAUUGGGCAUAUUAGCAUUAACAAUUGGUUUUGCUCUAGAAUUAUUUCUUAUUUUUAUAGGCGAAGAAAACAGGUUAAAAAGAUUUUGGGGGUUUCCUCCUAUAUGGUUAGGUUGGAUUUUCUUACAAACCGCUGCUACUCGUUUUUUUCCGCCCUUAAUCUUAUUUGGUGCAAGUGAAUAUAAAUUAUUUCGAUUUCAUAAAAUUAAAGAACUUGCAAUUCUAAGUGCACAUAGAAAACGUGCUUUAACUUUUCUAAUGUGGGAUACUUUAGCUACUAUAAUAACGAUCGAACUGUUGUUUGUUAUUCAUCCGGGUCUGAACGUUUUGUCUAAUUUGUCUCAUGGCUUCGAAGCUAUGGCUUUGGAAGCUUUGGCUUGGAACAUGCCAAAAAUGUCCUUUACACAUUAA